CUGAUAAUUAUUGGUGCAAUACCACACCAGUAGUAUCCGAGUGUCCCAAUUAAAUACCGGAACUUUAAAAAUAAAAAAAACGCACCUCAAAUUAUUUACCGGUUCCGUUACUGGUGCUAGUGUCAAGUGUCAAUUGGAUAUUACAUCGCGGAACCAUGAAUCUGCUAUCGAUAUUCAUCGCAUUGACUCUUAGUCUGGCUUGCACAUUCGCAGAGGAAAGCAAGUCGUCGGACGUGACUAAAUUGGAAGUCGUGGAUCUGGGUGAAGUGAGCGACGAGUCAGACGUAAAGAUCUCCGAAUCGCAAAGAAAAAGAGACUCUGGUUACGUGUACAACAGACCGGACCGGCUCACGGCUGGUCAACGAUUCAACGGUCACGGUUACCGGCAAGGCUCAAAUGGUUACAGAGCCAAAAUUGUGUCCAGAUACCCCAGCCAGAGUCAGCGACCCUUUACAAGCUACGGAACACCGGUUCAAAGUGAACCUGUCCGGAGACCAAGCACACAGUACUCGGGUCCACAGAGUGGCAGUUUUGGCGGUCAUCAGAACCACUUGAGGCCUCAACAAGGUCAGUUCAGCGGUCAGCAAAACCAGCAAAACCAGCAGAACCAGUAUUCCUCGGGUCAGUUUGCACAGCAGAGCAACGGAUUCUUCAGCCAGAGGGUUCCCAGUCCUGUAAGGCACGUCGAUUUCGUCCCGCCCAACCCGAUAGCCAGUCAAAAUGAUCAACCUUUCGGUUCGAACACGGCCCUCUACCUCCCACCACAGAAUCAGGAGCUGCCGACGUAUUCGACACCGAGUAAAUUCCAGGCUGGUCAACAAUCGUUCCAGCAUCAGAUACAGAGCGUAAAUUUUCAGCAGCAGGAUCAGACCGCAAGCUUUCAGGACCAGAGUUCAAACCAAGGUGUAAUUUCCGACGCGGCAAAUUUUCUCUCCCAAAAUGCCCAGGCCAUAUCCCAGCUCUACGGGGCGCCAGCAACGGACCAAAGCUUCGCUCCAAACAACGAAGACUUCUCCGGCGGAAGCAACCAGAUUCAGGGGGUGACGGGUCCCUCCUUAGAACACAACAACCAGUUCCAGAAUCAGCAGUUUCGGAAUGUCCAGUCGGCGCAAAGGUUCCAGGGGUCGUUGCCCUCCUACGCAUCGGGCACCCUUGGCCCGGAGGAGUCGCUGGAGCAGAUCCAGUCGAAGGAAAAGGACAGGUUGAUAGCCGAGCUGCAGACGUUGCUGAGUCAGAGCCAAUCGCAGAACGCCGCGAGUGCCGAGCUGAUCGGUCAGUACGCCCAGAGCCACGGCAACUACAUAGAGAACCAGAAGCUGCUGGCCGCGAUAAGCUCGCAACUGCAGAAUCAGCAGAAGUACAACAACGGAGGCCAGAACGCGAAUCCCGGGGGUAGUUUCGGCUCCGCAAACACGGCCUUCGGCCAAGCGCCCUUCGUUCCCGGCACCAGCACCAGUCCCACUUUCACUCUGGGUUACGGCCUGACCACCCAGCAGACCCCGACGACGACGACGACGACCACGACCACGACCGCUUCCCCGAUCCCCCCGUCCCAAAGUCCCGCCGGAAGUUCCCAGUCUGGCUCCUCGGUUCCUGCACCGUCCGCACCCCCCGCAUCAAACCCGAAUUUUCCGCAGUACGGAGGCUUCGUGCCUUCCCUGAUCGGCAGUCCCGGUUUCGUCGGGGCUUUGCCGAGCUACGGCACCGUCGGCUCGGGAUUCGUCCCGGCGCCUGUUCAGCCGGCCGAAUCAUCCCCGACCCACUUCGGCUUGCCGAUCCCCCAGGACCCAAACGCGGCUCAGCAGCCCCAGACUCCGGGAUCGUCGCAUCAUCCCCCUCAGCCAGUGGCGCUCCCUUCGUCACCGAGUUUCGUCACUCGACCAGCCGCCCUUCCGGUUCAGCCCGUUCAUCCGGUUCAUCCGCUGCAGCCCGUUCAUCCUGUGCAACCGAUCGCACCUCUUCAUCCGAUUUCCACGACUCUCCACGGCGUCCAGCAGUUUCAUCCCAUCUUGAACCAGCCCCUGCAGCCGGUCGCUUCCCCCGUACAUCCGGUUUUGCCUGCGGUCGCUCCGGUUCACACAGCGCCAGUGGCAGCUCAUCCGAGUUACGGGAUUCAACCGGGCGUCUUCAACCCGUUGCUUUAUAAGCCUGUCAAGAAUGUUUAUCCCGUUUAUUAUUAUCCCAAUUUGCCGUAUCAGGUACAAAAACCGGCGCUUCCCACUUACCCGUGGAGCUAUGCACCGUCUUACGCACAGGCGAAACCAGCUCAAAUUUGGAAAUAAGUUCGCCUAGCGUGUACGUGUACAUAUGUUUUUGUUGUUUUUUAUUGCUUAAUAUUCGGAUAUUUUUAUAUACCUAUACCUAUUGGUAGAAAAGCAGUUGUUGAGUUUUAAUGAGAAUGUUUUUAUUUAUGCAUUGUAUGUUUAUUAUAUAUGUAUAGAAUACGAUAAUAUAAGUAUAAGCGUGUUUGAUUGGUAAUUCUACAUUUCCCGACACGUAUUUUUUAACGCACAAAUUCCUUCGCUAGUGGAGUUGUAAAUACAAAACUUGUAUUUAUUUUUAUAAAUAAAAUUGUUGUCUAUUUCUUUUUAUUAA